UGCUGGUGUUUCUUGAUGAUUUGCAGUUCGGCGACGAACAGGCUGAUCACUGCGAAAGAUCACGCUUCGGUGCAGAUCAACAUCGGACAUAUCGAUGAGAACGGAAUGUAUACUGGCCAGCACACCACCUUCGCUCUCUGCGGGUUCAUCCGUGCUCAGGGUGAUGCUGAUAGUGCUCUAGACAGGCUCUGGCAGAAGAAAAAGGCUGAAGUUCGCCAGCAAUAGAUGCUACUUCCAAGGAUUAAUCUGUAGGUUGCCAUGGAUUUUAUCAAGUGAUUGUACCUAAAUUCUCCUCUCCUGGUGGCAUGAGUUCAUGACAUUAAAUCUUAAACUUUUUCUGUUGUCCUGGAUUGUUGCAGACCUAAAUUUUAUCUUUAAGCUAGUACCUUUAUCAGUCUGCUGAGAAAUUUUGUGUUUGAACCAUACAGUGAUUUUUUUUUUUUUU